GUCGAUGGUUUUCCCCUUCCCUCUUUUGUGCUUUUCUUGCUCUACUGUUUUAUGCAAACCUUUUCUGUACCCUUUUUCAUCAGGCGAACCCCUUCUUUGAACAAUCUCAAAUAAAAACAAAAAUGGGUAAGUGGAAUUUUCGAAGGAGAUGGACUCCGAAGAAUUAUUAUCGCGAUCAAAGAAUACCAUCGCCCCCUACAUAUUACGAUACCGAGUUUAAAUUUCGUGGAGCUUGGAAGAAUGAGGAGCUACCAUGGGAAAAAAGAUUCUGCCUUUCAGUAGGAAUCCCAUGGGAAAAGAUUGUGAAUGCUAAAAACUACAUGAACUGCUAUGACAAUGUGAUAAACUGGAAUGAUUCAGCUGGUGAAGCAUCAUUUUCUGAAGCCAAGAACCGAUUUUGGGCAAAAAUUAACGAAAUCCCAAUUGACAAAUCUCAACCUAAUCCUGAUCCAGACAUGUAUAACCAUGACAUUGAUUGGAAUCCUGAGAUUGAUCUUGAAUUAAUCAAGGAUUUGGAUCGAGCAUAUUUCAACCCUGAUGAGCCACAAAAAGUUGAAACUCUUGAUGGGAUUAGGAGCAACAAUGACGUUUUCGUCCCUGGAUGUAUUAUAGGAUUGAAUGAAUUGAAUAAAGAUCCUUGGGAGAGAGGAGUUACUCAAGAAGAUAGAGAAAUAAAGGAUUAUGGAUGGGGUGGUGGUGGUGUGAGUGGCUCAUGGCACAAUGACAUGAUGACAUGUGGAAAUGGAGCAAAUAAGUCAUGGAAAAGGGUAGAUGAUAAUUCUAAAAACUCUUGGGGAAAUAAUAGAAAUACUCAAAGACAUGAACACAAUGCAUAUGUUGGCACUUCACAAGGAACACAAAGGGGAUAUAACAGGGGUAAUUUUGGUAGAGGGCAAUAUAAUGGAAGUGGUUGGGAUUCUAAAGUUGGUUCCCUAAAAAGGGAAGGUUCUCAACAGUAUACAUCAACUUACAAAAGUGCUAGACUUCAAUAUGAUGAUUAUAGGGCUAGAGGUAAUCAGUAUCGAAGGUGA